GCUGUGGAAACCAACCUUGCAUCAAAGGAUAGUCACUGGGUCUAUGUAAAUGAGGAAAUCACUGAUAAUGAAAUAUUAGAGUUGGUACAUAGUGCUCUGGGGAGGAUGACAGUUAUCCGGCAAAUUUUCCCUCUCUCAAGGGACAACAAUCAGAGAUGCAUGAGGAACAACCACCGAAUAUCGUCUCUGCUGUGUGAUCCACAAGAAGGCUAUCUUCAGAUGCUGCAGGUUUCCAACCUGUACCUGUAUGACAGUGUGCUCAUGCUGGCCAAUGCUUUCCACAGAAAACUGGAGGACAGGAAAUGGCACAGCAUGGCAAGCCUGAACUGCAUGAGGAAAUCCACCAAACCCUGGAAUGGAGGACGAUCCAUGCUCGAGACUAUUAAGAAGGGCCAUAUAACUGGGCUUACUGGUGUUAUGGAGUUCAGAGAAGAUGGCGCCAACCCCUAUGUCCAGUUUGAAAUACUGGGCACUAGCUACAGCGAAACAUUUGGCAAAGAUGUGCGGAGGCUGGCCACGUGGGACUCUGAGAAAGGACUGAACGGUAGUCUGCAAGAACGGCGUCUGGGCAAUGACUUACAAGGACUGACACUCAAAGUGGUGACUGUCUUGGAAGAACCUUUUGUGAUGGUGGCGGAGAACAUACUUGGGCAACCAAAACGAUAUAAAGGAUUUUCCAUUGAUGUCUUGGAUGCACUUGCCAAGAACCUGGGCUUCAAAUAUGAGAUAUAUCAAGCUCCUGAUGGCAAAUAUGGACAGCAGCUUCAAAACAGCUCCUGGAAUGGCAUGAUUGGAGAACUGAUUAACAAGAGAGCAGACCUAGCCAUCUCAGCCAUCACUAUAACACCAGAACGAGAGAGUGUUGUGGACUUCAGCAAGCGGUACAUGGACUAUUCCGUCGGGAUCUUAAUCAAAAAGCCCGAAGAAAAAAUCAACAUCUUCUCUCUCUUUGCUCCUUUCGACUUUGCGGUGUGGGCUUGCAUCGCUGCAGCCAUUCCUAUAGUCGGUGUCUUGAUAUUUGUCUUGAACCGUAUCCAGGCAAUCAGGGCACAGAACGCUUCCCAGCCGAGCCCUUCUGCUUCCUCCACCCUUCACAGUGCCAUCUGGGUCGUGUAUGGCGCCUUUGUUCAGCAAGGGAGCGAAUCUACUGUCAAUUCUGUGGCGAUGCGCAUUGUAAUGGGAAGCUGGUGGCUCUUCACCCUUAUCGUGUGCUCUUCCUACACAGCAAACUUAGCAGCAUUUCUCACUGUAUCAAGAAUGGAUAAUCCUAUAAGAACCUUUCAGGAUCUGUCCAAACAAAUGGAUAUAUCUUAUGGUACAGUCAGGGAUUCAGCAGUGUAUGAAUACUUUAAAGCAAAAGGGACAAAUCCUUUGGAGCAGGAUAACACAUUUGCUGAACUGUGGAGGACAAUCAGUAAGAAUAAUGGCGCAGAUAAUUGUGUAUCAAACCCUUCUGAAGGCAUCAGGAAGGCAAAGAAAGGAAACUAUGCUUUCCUGUGGGACGUGACAGUAGUGGAAUAUGCUGCGCUGACAGAUGAUGAAUGCUCUGUGACAGUCAUUGGAAACAGCAUCAGCAGCAAAGGAUACGGGAUCGCACUCCAGCAUGGAAGCCCCUACAGAGAUCUUUUCUCCCAGAGGAUCUUAGAGUUGCAAGAAAGUGGCGAUUUGGAUGUUCUUAAACAGAAAUGGUGGCCACGGAUGGGACGUUGUGACCUGAAUAGCCAUACCAAUGCACAGACAGAUGGGAAGGCACUCAAGCUUCACAGUUUUGCAGGCGUUUUCUGCAUUUUAGCAAUAGGCCUUCUACUUGCAUGCUUGGUGGCAGCAUUGGAGUUGUGGUGGAACAGCAACCGUUGUCAUCAAGAAACACCGAAAGAGGUCCAUAACUUUUAUUCUUAUCACAAUUAA